UGGCAACUGGGUGCCGUGCGGUGAAACCGGUCCGGAACCUACAGAGUUCACGGUGAAGGGUCUCACGCCGAACCACAAGUACAAGUUCAGGGUACGCGCUGUGAACAAAGAGGGUGAAUCUGAACCAUUGGAGACCGAUGGGUUCAUCGUUGCUAAGAACCCGUAUGAUCCACCAAAGGCGCCUGGCAAACCAACUAUCGUUGACUACGACAACAUGUCGGUAACUCUCCAGUGGGAGCCGCCAACCGAUAACGGUGGUCGUCCAGUACUCGGCUACGUGGUCGAGAUGAAGGACAAGUUCUCGCCCGACUGGAUCGAGGUUGUCAAGACAAAUGACACCAAGACAGAGUACAAGGUGGAAGGUCUCAAGGAGAAGAUGGUGUACCAGUUCCGUGUGAAGGCUUACAACAAGGCUGGAGUCGGUGAGGCAUCACAGCCCACCGACAACCAUCUCUGCAAACACAGGAACUUGAAACCACGCAUUGAGCGUAGCACAUUCAAGUCAGUCAUUAUCAAAGCUGGUCGCACUCACAAAUGGUCUGUGGAUGUCAUUGGUGAACCAGCACCAGAGAUGACAUGGUCUUGGCGCGACAAUGUAAAACUAGUAAACACGGAGCGCAUCAAGAUCGAAAACCAAGAACACCACACCGACUUCACCAUCGUGAACGCAGUGCGACGCGAUACUGGAAAAUACACCCUGCGUGCCGAGAACUGCAACGGUUUUGAUCAGGAGACUGUGGAACUGACCGUACUGAGCAAACCCAGCGCGCCUAAAGGCCCGUUGGAAGUAUCGGACGUGCACGCCGAGGGAUGCAAGGUCAAAUGGGAGAAGCCAGAGGACGAUGGCGGCUCGCCGGUCAAGGAGUACGAGGUCGAGAAAAUGGACCUCGCCACCGGCAAGUGGGUCAGGGUCGGAAGAGUUGCUGGCGACAAGAAGCCCCUGGAGAUGGAGGUGACUGGCUUAGAGCCUGGCCACCAGUACAAGUUCAGGGUGACGGCUGUGAACGACGAGGGCGACUCCGAGCCGCUCGAGACGGAACGCGGCACGCUAGCCAAGAAUCCGUUCGAUGUAUCCGAAAAGCCACAGAACGUGGAAGUGGCUGACCACGAUAACCAGAGCGCUGAGAUCAAAUGGGAACCGCCGAAGGAUGAUGGCGGUGCUCCGGUGCUUAAGUACAUCGUCCAGAAGAAACCCAAGGGCGGCGACUGGGAGAACGCUGGAGAGGUACCUGGAAACCAGAACUCCGCUAAAGUCGAAGGUCUGCCCGAGGGCAGCGAGUACCAGUUCCGCGUGAUCGCCGUCAACAAGGCUGGACCCUCGGAGCCCUCCGAGCCGACCAAGAUGACUACCAUCAGGCACAAGUCACUGAAGCCGCGUAUCGACCGCACGAACCUGAAGGCUCUCGCCGUCCGCGCCGGCAAGCCGAUCUUCUUCGACGUCAAUGUCAAGGGUGAACCCGCACCCAAGGUGCAAUGGUUCCAGAAGUGGAAGGCGGACGAGAAGGAGGUGACAGAGAACGUAAUCAACGUGGACUAUAACACUAAACUGGACGUUAAGGAGUCUGUACGCGCUAUGACCGGCACGUACCGUAUCCUAGCAACGAACGAGCACGGCACAGACGAGGCUGAGGUCGAGAUCACAGUGCUGUCGGCUCCUGGCAAGCCUGGUGGUCCACUCAAGGUCGCCGAUGUUACCAAGAACGGCUGCAAGCUGGCCUGGAAGAAGCCUGAGGACGAUGGAGGCAAACCAGUCACCGGUUACAUGGUGGAGAAGCUGAACAAGGCCACAGGCCGCUGGGUGCCGGUCGGAAAAACCGACGACACCGAGAUGGAGAUCAAGGGUCUGCAGGAAGGCGAGGAGUACGAGUUCAGGGUUAAGGCCAUCAAUGAUGAGGGAGAAUCCGAGCCGCUGAAGACCGACCACUCGAUAAUCGCCAAGAACCCUUACGAUAUUCCCGGCAAACCCUCGGUGCCGACCCUGGAGGACUGGGACGUGGACCGCGUGGACCUCAAGUGGGAGGCGCCGAAGAACAACGGCGGCGCGCCCAUCACCGGCUACAUCAUCGAGAAGAAGGAGAAGUACGGACAGUGGACCGAGGCUCUGGUCACCACGACUCCAGAAUGCAAGGCCCGCGUGCCGGACCUGAAGGAAGGCAAUGUGUACCAGUUCCGAGUCCGUGCUGUGAACAAGGCAGGCCCCGGAGAACCGGGCGACGCCACGCAGCCGCAUACUGCCAAGGCACGAUUCUUGAAACCGCACAUCAACCGCGACAAGAUGGUCGCCAUCCGCGUACGCGCCGGCACUACCAUCAAACUGGAUGUCGACAUCAGAGGCGAGCCUCCACCGACCAAGACCUGGAGCUUCGCCAAGAAGGUCCUGGAAACCGGCCCCGGCGUCAAGAUCGACAACGAGGACUACAACACGAAGCUGCAAAUCUUCGAAUCUUCGUGGAAGAACACCGGCAUCUACACGCUCAAGGCGGAGAACGACUCUGGAGUCGACGAGGCCACGGUCGAGAUUACUGUUUUGGACAAACCAGGCAAACCCGAAGGCCCGCUGGAAGUGUCCGACGUCCACGCCGAACACGUGAAGCUGAGCUGGAACAAGCCCAAGCACACCGGCGGGCUGCCGCUCAGCGCCUACGUGGUGGAGAAGAUGGACACCAUCACUGGCAAGUGGGUGCCGGCUGGCACCGUCGAACCUGAUACCACUGAGGCUACUGUUACUGGCCUAGAGCCCGGUCACUCAUACCAGUUCAGAGUGAAGGCUCUGAAUGAGGAAGGCGAGUCGGAACCGCUGGACACAGACCACGCGACCCUCGCGAAGAACCCGUACGACGUGCCGGCGCCUCCAGGUCUUCCAGACAUUGUGGACUGGGACGAGAAGUCGGCCAAGCUCAAGUGGGAGCCGCCUAUUCGGGAUAACGGCGCCCCUAUUACUGGAUACGUUAUCGAAGUCAUGGAUAGAGAUAAGGGCGAGUUUGUUAAGGCCGCCGAAGUCCAAGGCAACAUCUGCCAAGGCACCGUGCCUAGGCUGGAAGAGGGCAGCCAGUACCAAUUCCGAGUACGCGCAAUUAACAAAGCCGGUCUUUCAGAACCCUCGGAGAACACUCACUGGCAUACUGCUAAGCCCCGGUUCUUAAAACCAAAGAUCGACCGCACCAACCUGAACCCGAUCACGGUGAAGGCUGGUCUGCCGGUCUCCCUGGACGUGAAAGUGUUCGGCGAACCGCCUGCCACUGUCACCUGGCACUUCAAGGGCGAGGAGCUGAAGAACAGGGAGAACCUGGAGAUCAUCAACGUGGACUACAACACCAAGUUCCUGAUGACGAAGAGCAAGCGCGCGAACACCGGCGUUUACGUCAUCAAGGCGAAGAACGAGGUCGGAGAGGACGAGGCUGAGGUCGAGAUUACUAUCCUCGGCAAGCCAUCCAAGCCCAAGGGUCCGUUGGAAGUGGCGGACGUGACAAAGAACGGCUGCACGCUGUCGUGGCAGAAGCCCGAAGACGACGGCGGCGCGCCCAUCGAGUACUACGAGAUCGAGAAGCUCGACCCGCUUACUGGACAAUGGAUUCCGUGCGGUACCGCCAAGGACACCAAGGCGAACAUCACCGGCCUCUCUGAAGGCAAACCUUACAAGUUCAGGGUCAAGGCCGUCAACAAGGAAGGCGAGUCCGAAGAACUCGAGACCGAGAAACCGAUCAUCGCCAAGAAUCCGUUUGACGAGCCCGGCAAACCUGGCCGUCCUGAACCCCGCAACUGGGACAAGGACUUCGUCGACCUGGAGUGGUCUCCACCGAAGGACGACGGCGGCGCCCCCAUCACCGGAUACAUCGUACAGAAGAGAGAGAAGGGUGGAAGGUCAUGGCAAGACUGCCUUAAGACGACUGGUGACAGGCCGACAGGCCGCGUGACCGACGUUGAAGAGGGACACGAGUACGAGUUCAGAGUUAUCGCGCUCAACAAGGCCGGACCCUCCGAGCCCUCGGACGCUAGCAAGUCCGUUAUUGCUAAACCACGCUUCUUGGCACCAAAGAUCGACCGCAAGAACCUGCAAAAGAGGAAGAUCAAGGUCGGCCAGCCUCUCAAGUUCGAAGCCGACGUCAAGGGUGAACCCGAACCUACCAUUACAUGGACCUUCAACGGCACAGUCCUCAAGAGCGAUGAGAGGCUGAAGAUCGAGAAUGCUGAGUACCACACAUCGUUUGUACGCCAGAAGAUGACUAGAACCGAUGCUGGAAAGUACACCGUCACUGCCAAGAACGAUUCUGGCACUGAUACUGUUGAUAUUGAGGUUGAGGUGGUCAGCAAACCAUCGAAGCCUAAGGGACCCUUGCAGGUAUCAGACGUCAAAGCGGACGGCUGCAAGCUCAAAUGGGAGCCUCCAGAAGACGACGGCGGCGAACCCGUCGAGAGCUACGUGGUGGAGCGCAUGGACACGGAGUCGGGACGCUGGGUGCCAGUGUGCACCACUAAGACUCCCGAGGCUGACGUCACGGGCUUGAACGAGGGCAAGGACUACCUGUUCAGAGUGAAGGCGGUCAAUCCUGAGGGAGAGAGUGAGCCGCUCGUUACUGAAACUGCUACUACGGCUAAGAACCCCUAUGGCGAACCCGACGCGCCCGGCAAGCCUGAGUUCAAGGACUGGAGCAAGGAGCACGUGGACCUCAAGUGGGAGAAGCCCGCCAACGACGGUGGCGCCCCCAUCACUGCCUACAUUGUCGAGAAGAAGGACAGAGACACCGGCAAGUGGGUGAAGGCUGCUGAGGUGCCCGGCAACAAGACCGAGGCUCGUGUGCCAGACCUGAUCGAGGGCAAGACAUACCAGUUCCGAGUGAAGGCAGUCAACAAAGCUGGACCGGGUAAACCGUCCUCGCCUACCGAAAACCUGCUGGCUAAGGACAGGUUUGCCCCGCCGAAGAUCGACCGCACGAACAUGCGCGAUAUCACCAUCAAGGCUGGCCAGCACAUCAGGCUUGACGUCAAGGUCAGCGGUGAACCGCCACCAACCAAGACAUGGUUCCACAACAAAGAGAGGCUGUCGCCCCGCGAAGACCUCUCCAUCGACGUGGAAGACUACAAGACCAAGCUGUCUGUGGUCAUCGCGUCGCGCAAGCACAGCGGCACUUACGUAUUAAAGGCUGAGAACAGCAGCGGUAAAGACGAGGCUACUAUUGAGAUCAAGGUCCUCGAUGUACCGGCCAAGCCUGAAGGACCUUUGAAGAUCUCAGACGUGCACAAAGAAGGCUGCACGCUGAAAUGGAACCCGCCGCUAGACGACGGCGGCGCUCCCAUCGACCACUACCUCGUGGAGAAACUCGACACCGAGACCGGUAGAUGGAUGCCGGCUCUGAAGACCAAAGACCCGAAGGCCGAGAUCGAGAACCUGGUGCCUGGACACGAGUACAAGUUCAGGGUGUCUGCUGUUAAUAACGAGGGACAGUCUGAACCAUUGGAAGCUGAUCACUCGAUCAUCGCUAAGAAUCCGUUCGACGAGCCCGGCAAACCUGGAACACCUGAGAUCGUGGACUGGGACAAGGACCACGUGGACCUCAAGUGGGAGAAGCCGUUCAAGGACGGCGGUGCCCCCAUCACCGGCUACAUCAUCGAGAAGAGAGAGGUCGGCUCACCCAAGUGGGUGAAGGCAUGCGAGGUCGGUCCUAACGACAACGACAAAGCAACAGUACCGAACUUGGACGAGGGCGUGGAAUACGAAUUCCGCGUGAAGGCUGUCAACGAGGCUGGACCUAGUGAGCCCAGCGAUGCUAGCAAGAGCGUUGUAUGCAAGCCUAGGAGACUGCCUCCCAAGAUCGACCGUCGCAGCCUCCGUUCCAUCAGGGUGCGCGAGGGCGAGCCCAUCUCGCUCGACGUCAAGGUCAGCGGUGAACCUCCGCCGGAGGUCACAUGGACCCUUAACGGCAAGUCCGUUAGCAGCGGCAACGGGCUUAAACUGGUUAACGUGCCGUACAUGAGCAAGUAUCAACAUUCGAGCCCGCGUCGCAAAGACUCCGGCAUGUACAAGAUACAGGCCGUCAACAAGUACGGACAGGACACCGCCGAAGUCGAGAUUAUUGUUACAUCGAAACCGGACAAACCGGAGGGACCUUUGGAGGUGUCCGACAUCCACAAGGACGGCUGCACGCUGAAGUGGAAGCGGCCCAAGGACGACGGCGGCGAGCCAAUCGAGGCGUACCUCGUCGAGAAGUACGACACCGAGACUGGCACGUGGCUGCCUGUUGGCAAGACUCUUGGAAAUGUGCCUGAAAUGGAAGUGGAUGGCUUGACUCCCGGACACGAGUAUAAGUUCCGCGUGAAGGCGUUGAACAAGGAAGGCGAAUCCGAACCUCUUGAGACGUUCGGCGCUAUCGUCGCCAAGGAUCCGUUCACCGUACCAGACGCGCCAUCAACGCCAGUGCCUGAUGACUGGUCCGCCACUCACGUGGAUUUAAAAUGGGAGCCGCCCAUCUCCGACGGUGGCUCGCCUAUCGUCGGCUACAUUAUCGAGAAGAAAGACAAGUACAGCCCGCUGUGGGAGAAGGCUGUGGAAACUCACACACCUACGCCUACCGCUACUGUUAACGGCCUGAUCGAAGGCAACGAGUACCAGUUCCGCGUGAUCGCUGUCAACAAGGCCGGCCAGAGUAAACCAUCUGAUGCGUCCAAGAACUUCGUGGCGAAGGCCCGCUUCCUGGCGCCGAAGAUCGACCGUCGUCACCUGCGUGACGUCACACUGUCUGCUGGAUCCACGCUGAAGCUGGAAGCUGCCAUCACUGGCGAGCCGGCUCCAGCUGUGGAAUGGAGAUACCAGAACAUGCCGCUCCGCCCAUCGAAGGCAGUGACCAUCGACAAUCCGGAGUACUUCACCAAGCUGGUGAUCCGUCCAGUGCGACGCGACGACUCCGGCGAGUACACCGUCACCGCGGUCAACUCUAGCGGCAAAGAUACCGUCACCAUCAACGUUGUGGUCACCGACAAGCCUACCAAGCCUGAGGGACCAUUGCAGGUGCCCGGCAACAAGACCGAGGCUCGUGUGCCAGACCUGAUCGAGGGCAAGACAUACCAGUUCCGAGUGAAGGCAGUCAACAAAGCUGGACCGGGUAAACCGUCCUCGCCUACCGAAAACCUGCUGGCUAAGGACAGGUUUGCCCCGCCGAAGAUCGACCGCACGAACAUGCGCGAUAUCACCAUCAAGGCUGGCCAGCACAUCAGGCUUGACGUCAAGGUCAGCGGUUCCACAAUAAAGAGGCUGUCGCCCCGCGAAGACCUCUCCAUCGACGUGGAAGACUACAAGACCAAGUUGUCUGUGGUCAUCGCGUCGCGCAAGCACAGCGGCACUUACGUAUUAAAGGCUGAGAACAGCAGCGGUAAAGACGAGGCCACUAUUGAGAUCAAGGUCCUCGAUGUACCGGCCAAGCCUGAAGGACCUUUGAAGAUCUCAGACGUGCACAAAGAAGGCUGCACGCUAAAAUGGAACCCGCCACUAGACGACGGCGGCGCUCCCAUCGACCACUAUCUCGUGGAGAAACUGGACACCGAGACCGGUAGAUGGAUGCCGGCUCUGAAGACCAAGGACCCGAAGGCCGAGAUCGAGAACCUGGUGCCUGGACACGAGUACAAGUUCAGGGUGUCUGCUGUUAAUAACGAGGGACAGUCUGAGCCAUUGGAAGCUGAUCACUCGAUUAUCGCUAAGAAUCCGUUCGACGAGCCCGGCAAACCUGGAAGACGAGAGAUCGUGGACUGGGACAAGGACCACGUGGUCAGGUGGGAGAAGCCGUUCAAGGACGGCGGUGCCCCCAUCACCGGCUACAUCAUCGAGAAGAGAGAGGUCGGCUCACCCAAGUGGGUGAAGGCAUGCGAGGUCGGUCCUAACGACAACGACAAAGCAACAGUACCGAACUUGGACGAGGGCGUGGAAUACGAAUUCCGCGUGAAGGCUGUCAACGAGGCUGGACCUAGUGAGCCCAGCGAUGCUAGCAAGAGCGUUGUAUGCAAGCCUAGGAGACUGCCUCCCAAGAUCGACCGUCGCAGCCUCCGUUCCAUCUAGGGUGCGCGGGAGGGCGAGCCCAUCUCGCUCGACGUCAAGGUCAAGGUGAACUCUCCUCCGCCGGAGGUCACAUGGACCCUUAACGGCAAGUCCGUUAGCAGUGGCAACGGACUUAAACUGGUUAACGUGCCGUACAUAAGCAAGUAUCAGCACUCGAGCCCGCGUCGCAAAGACUCCGGCAUGUACAAGAUACAGGCUGUCAACAAGUACGGACAGGACACCGCCGAAGUCGAGAUUAUUGUUACAUCGAAACCGGACAAACCGGAGGGACCUUUGGAGGUGUCCGACAUCCACAAGGACGGUUGCACGCUGAAGUGGAAGCGGCCCAAGGACGACGGCGGCGAGCCAAUCGAGGCGUACCUCGUCGAGAAGUACGACACCGAGACUGGCACGUGGCUGCCUGUUGGCAAGACUCUUGGAAAUGUGCCUGAAAUGGAAGUGGAUGGCUUGACUCCCGGACACGAGUAUAAGUUCCGCGUGAAGGCGUUGAACAAGGAAGGCGAAUCCGAACCUCUUGAGACGUUCGGCGCUAUCGUCGCCAAGGAUCCGUUCACCGUACCAGACGCGCCAUCAACGCCAGUGCCUGAUGACUGGUCCGCCACUCACGUGGAUUUAAAUGGGGAGCCGCCCAUCUCCGACGGUGGCUCGCCUAUCGUCGGCUACAUUAUCGAGAAGAAAGACAAGUACAGCCCGCUGUGGGAGAAGGCUGUGGAAACUCACACACCUACGCCUACCGCUACUGGUUACCUGAUCGAAGGCAACGAGUACCAGUUCCGCGUGAUCGCUGUCAACAAGGCCGGCCAGAGUAAACCAUCUGAUGCGUCCAAGAACUUCGUGGCGAAGGCCCGCUUCCUGGCGCCGAAGAUCGACCGUCGUCACCUGCGUGACGUCACACUGUCUGCUGGAUCCACGCUGAAGCUGGAAGCUGCCAUCACUGGCGAGCCGGCUCCAGCUGUGGAAUGGAGAUACCAGAACAUGCCGCUCCGCCCAUCGAAGGCAGUGACCAUCGACAAUCCAGAGUACUUCACCAAGCUGGUGAUCCGUCCAGCGACGGACGACUCCGGCGAGUACACCGUCACCGCGGUCAACUCUAGCGGCAAAGAUACCGUCACCAUCAACGUUGUGGUCACCGACAAGCCUACCAAGCCUGAGGGACCAUUGCAGAUUUCGGACGUACACAAAGAUGGCGCUACGCUCAAAUGGAAGAGACCGAAGGACGACGGUGGAACUCCCAUCGAGUACUACCAGAUCGACAAGUUGGACACUGAGACCGGAUGCUGGGUGCCAUGCGCCAGAUCCGAGGAGCCUAAAUGUGACGUGACCGGCCUGACGCCCGGCAAGGAGUACAAGUUCCGCGUGUCCGCCGUCAACUCCAGGGGAGAGUCCGAGCCGCUCGUCUCGGAGGAAGCCAUUGUCGCCAAGAAUCCAUUCGACGAGCCUGGUGCACCAGGCACGCCAACAGUCACAGACUGGGACAAGGACCACGUGGACCUCAAGUGGACCCCGCCACGCGAAGACGGCGGUGCUCCCAUCGAGGGAUACAUCGUGGAGAAGAAGGACAAGUUCGGCAACUGGGAGAAGGCGCUCGAAGUGCCCGCGGAUAAGACUAACUGCACCGUCCCCGAUCUUAUUGAGGGACAGACUUACGAGUUCAGGGUACGCGCUGUAAACAAGGCAGGACCAGGCGAGCCCAGCGACAGCACUCACCCGAUCGUCGCCAAGCCCAGGAACCUGGCGCCCAAGAUCGACCGCACCAACCUUAUCGACAUCAAGAUCAAGGUCGGACAGAAAUUCGGAUUCGAUGUCAAGGUUACUGGUGAACCAAUGCCGGAAACCAAAUGGUUCCUGGCCAAGAAGGAGGUCAAGUCUGGCGGUGACAUGAAGGUGCAACACUCUGACUACAACACCAAGUUGAACUGCAAGUCGGCCACCAGGGCUGACAGCGGUAGAUAUACCAUCACCGCUGAGAAUAUCAACGGCAAGGACGUCGCUGAGGUUGAGGUCAUCGUGCUCAGCGCGCCAUCGCCGCCUGGCGGACCUCUUAAGGUAUCGGACGUGCACGCAAACGGCGCCACACUAUCCUGGCGUCCACCCUCAGACGACGGUGGCCAGCCUGUCGAGAAGUACGUGGUGGAGCGCAUGGACGAGGCCACCGGCCGCUGGGUGACAGCUGGGGAGACAGACGGCCCUGUCACCAGCCUCGCUGUCGACGGGUUACAACCCGGACACAAGUACAAGUUCCGCGUCAGUGCUGUUAACAGACAAGGCCGUUCCGACCCGCUCACAACCCCCCACUCGACCGAAGCGAAGAAUCCGUUCGACGUGGCCGGCAAGCCGGGCACUCCGAAGAUCAAGGACUUCGACAGGGACUUUGUGGAGUUGGAAUGGACCAGACCUCAGACCGAUGGCGGCGCUCCGAUCACCGGCUAUGUUAUUGAGAAGAAGGAUAGGUUCUCGCCUGAUUGGGAGGAGUGUGCACAGAUCGAAGGUGACGUCACAACCGGCAAAGUGCCAGACCUCAUCGAAGGCAACACAUAUGAGUUCCGUGUACGUGCGGUCAACAAGGCCGGCAAGGGUGAGCCCAGUGACGGAACUGCUCCUCACCUCGCCAGGCCCAAGAACCUGCCGCCCAAGAUCGACAGGAACUUCAUGUUCGACAUCAAGGUCAAGGUCGGACAGAACUUCGACCUCGACGUGCCUGUCGCUGGUGAGCCGACGCCAACCAAAGAAUGGCUGCACGGAGACAACGUCGUCCUCAAUACUGACAGGAUCAAGGUCAUCAACGAUGACCACAGCACCAAGAUCCGUGUUAUCGACGCCAAGCGGGCCGAUACUGGCACCUACACUCUUAAGGCUAAGAACAUUAAUGGAACUGACACGGCGACCGUCAAGAUCUUGGUCAUGGACGCACCUUCACCACCAGAAGGCCCGCUCAAGGCCGACGACAUCACAAAAUCUGGAUGCACACUACGCUGGAGGCCGCCCAAGGAUGACGGUGGUAGCGAAAUCACCCACUACGUCGUCGAGAAGAUGGACCAAGAGAACAUGCGCUGGAUCCCUGCUGGUGAUGUCAACUCAUGCAGCAUUAGGAUUGACCAUCUCAUCGAAGGACAUGACUACAACUUCCGCGUGCGUGCAGUUAACAAGCACGGCGAGUCGCAGCCACUUGUUGGCCAUGAGCCGAUCACUGCCAAAGAUCCCUACGGUACACCCGACAAACCAGGUACCCCCGUCGUCAAGGACUGGGACAAGGACCACAUGGACCUCGAAUGGGUGCCGCCGAAGAAGGAUGGUGGAUCUCCCAUUACCGGAUACAUUAUCGAGGCAAAGAAGAAGUACGGACCUUGGGAAAUGGCAGCCACAGUGCCAGGAAACCAGACAACCGCUACUGUACCUGGCUUGCAGGAAGGCGAAGAGUACGAGUUCAGAGUUAUCGCUGUCAACAAGGCCGGUAACGGAGAGCCCAGUGACGCCUCUACUCCUCAAGUCGCCAAGGCCAGGUUCUGCGCGCCGCACUUCGACAAGAUGCUGCUCGCAGACAAAACUGUUAAGGCUGGACAGAGAAUCCAAUAUGAGAUUCCCAUCGAGGCAUCGCCUAAACCAACUGUCGAAUGGCAGAUCAACGGCAAAGUUGUUCAUCCGUCAGACAGGAUUGACAUUCAGAUCUUGCACAAUAGGGUCAUAUUAGACAUUCCAUUCUCUGUCCGCGCUGAUGGAGGAGUUUAUAAAUUGACUCUUAAGAACGACCUGGGAAUAUGCUCAGCUACAGCGCAAGUCACCGUCCUUGACAAACCUUCAAGGCCCGAGAAGCCUUUGGUGGUGUCGGAUGUUACAAAGGAAUCAUGCUCGCUGUCAUGGAAGGUACCACUCGACGAUGGUGGUUCACCAAUUCUACACUAUGUUAUUGAGAAGAUGGAUCUAUCUCGUGGUACCUGGUCUGAUGCCGGUAUGAGCACUUACCUAUCCCACACAGUUACAAGACUUAUUCACAUGAAGGAGUACUUGUUCAGGGUCAGCGCUGUCAACGCUAUCGGACAGUCUGAGCCUCUGGAGUUAGACAGGGCUAUCAUCGCCAAGAACGAGUUCGAUGAACCUACCGCACCAGGCAAACCUCAAGCUACCGACUGGAGCAAGAACCACGUUGACCUGGAAUGGACUCCGCCCAAAUCGGACGGUGGAUCGCCUAUCACUGGUUACAUUGUACAGAAGAAAGAGAAGGGCAGCCCAUACUGGGUGAAUGCUGCUCACGUGCCAGCUAACAAGAACAAGGCGACAGUGCCUGACCUGAUUGAGGGUCAAGACUACGAAUUCAGGGUUAUCGCUGUCAACCAAGCUGGACAGUCUGAGCCCAGUGAACCUUCAGACAUUAUCACUGCUAAGGACAGAUUCGUCGCUCCUAAGAUCCUCACGCCACUUAAGGAGAUCCGCAUUAAGGCUGGACUUAUCUUCCACUUGGAUGUUGACUUCCUUGGCGAACCAACGCCUGAAGUCACAUGGACUUGUGAUGGCAAACCUGUUGUGAACAAUGAGAGGACCACCGUUACAUCUGUGGGUCACCACACCAUUAUUCACACUGUGAACUGCAAGCGUUCAGAUGCUGGUAAAUACCACUUGAAACUGAAGAACGAUUCCGGUACUGAUGAAGGCAGCUUUGAGUUGAUCGUGCUUGACGUGCCCGCGCCUCCAGAACCGCCAUUCGUAUACGAAGAAAUCACUGCUCAAUCAGUCACUCUUUCGUGGAAGCCACCCAAGGACAACGGUGGCAGCGAACUGACUGCCUAUGUCAUCGAGAAGCGUGAUCUUACUCACGGAGGAGGCUGGGUACCAGCUGUUACAUAUAUCAACCCUAAGAACACCCACGCUACUGUACCUCGUCUUUCUGAGGGCACACAGUAUGAAUUCAGGGUAUUCGCUGAGAACUUACAGGGUCGUUCCGAGCCAUUGGUCACGGACAAACCAGUCGUUGCCAAGAACCAGUACACCACACCUGGACAACCUGGAAAGCCAGACCUUGUAUCUGCAGACAAAGACCACAUCCAGAUCAAAUGGAAGUCGCCAAUUUCGAACGGCGGAUCGAACAUUAUCGGAUACGAUGUCGAGAGGAGAGACAAGGCUACUGGCCGCUGGAUCAAGAUGAACAAGGAGCCGGUCAGGUUCAACGAGUACAAGGAUGACAGAGUUCAGGAGGGCCAUCAAUACGAAUAUAGAGUAUCCGCUGUCAACGCAGCUGGAUCUGGCCAACCUUCUGAGCCAUCGAACGUGUUUAUCGCCAAGCCGAUGAAAGAGAAGCCUAAAUUAUGGCUGGAUCACCUCAUUGGCAGGAAGAUCAAGGUCCGCGCUGGUGAGCCAAUUAACAUUAACAUUCCAAUCACCGGUGCACCGACACCGAAAAUUUCCUGGACUAAGGGAUCAAUUCCUCUUGUUCCGUCACACAGGCUGUCUGCCGAGACUAAGGCCGAUGAGACUAAGCUGUCCAUUGAGAAGUCCACAAGGGAAGACGCUGGAAAAUACACCAUCACCGCGUCCAACGAACACGGCAAAGACUCUGCUGACAUCGAGGUUAUUGUCGUUGACAAGCCUGGAGUACCUAAAGGUCCUCUAUUAUGCACUCCCGUCACACACGAUGCCGUCAGCCUUACAUGGCAACCACCUACCGACGACGGCGGCAGCGAGAUCACCGGCUACGUCGUUGAAGUCGCCGAAUUCGGCGUCAAUGACUGGCGUACUGUUGCAGGAUUCUGUCCCAAGUGUUCGUUCACUGUGAAGAACUUAACUGAAGGCAAGAAGUACAUAUUCAGAGUACGCGCUGAGAACUUAUAUGGUGUAUCUGAGCCCUUGGAAAGCAAACCUACGAUCGCCAAGUCACCGUUCGACCCGCCAGAUGCGCCGGAAACACCGAAAAUUACUGGAUACAGCUCGAACAGCUGCUCCCUCGAAUGGCAGCCGCCCGCGAACUGCGGAGGCAAGCCCGUCACCGGAUACUACGUCGAGAAGAGAGAACGUGGCGGCGACUGGGUUAAGGUUAACAACUACCCCACACCCAACACGUGCUACACUGUAUCGGACUUACGCGAAGGAAACCGUUAUGAGUUCCGCGUCAUCGCCGUCAACGAAGCCGGACCCGGCAAACCUAGCAAACCGACUGAGCCUAUUGUUGCUGAGACACAGCGUCUUAAGCCCAGCGCUCCCGAAGCGCCCAAACCUGACAGAGUCACAAAGGACUCCGUCACGUUGUCAUGGAGGCCGCCCAAGAACGACGGUGGUUCUAAGAUCAAGGGAUACAUCGUCCAACAGAAGAAGAAGGGCGACAAAGACUGGAAGGACGUCAACGACGUGCCCGUUCCCAGUCUGGUGCACACCGUACCCAACCUUAAGGAAGGCGAAGAAUACCAGUUCAGGGUUGUGGCUGUCAACGAUGUUGGCCGAUCAGACCCCAGCAAACCCACCGCCGAUAUUACCAUCGCCGAACAGCCAAACAAACCUUGCAUGGAUCUUGGUGGAGUCAGAGACAUCACAGUACGUGCCGGAGAGGACUUCUCCAUUCACGUGCCGUACACUGGCUUCCCGCAACCUGCGGCUUCUUGGUUUGCGGACGACAACCUGCUCGACGUCGAGGGAGACUCGAGGAUAUUCCAGAAGAUUACUCCAGAGUCGGCGUCGCUUGUUGUUAAGAACGCAAAGAGGUCAGACGGUGGACAGUACCGUCUGCAGCUGCGCAAUCCUUCGGGAUACGAUACAGCUACAAUCAACGUGCGCGUGCUUGACCGUCCUGGCAAGCCCGAAAACCUGCGCGCGGACGAAUUCGAAGGCGAAGCACUCACGCUCUACUGGAACCCGCCGAAGGACAAUGGCGGCGGCGAAAUCACCAACUACGUCGUUGAGAAACGCGAAGCUCGCUCGCCCAACUGGACCAAGGUGUCUGGCUACGUCACGACACCGUUCUUGCGCGUGAAGAACCUGACUGUCGGCAAGAGCUACGAGUUCAGGGUAAUGGCGGAGAACCAGUACGGCCAAUCGGAGCCUGCGCAGACCCUGGAGCCAAUCAAGGCGAGACAUCCAUUCGAUCCUCCAGGACCUCCUGGAGUGCCACGCUCUGUGGAGACCACCGAGUCUUCAAUUACCAUUACUUGGACGAAGCCACGUCACGACGGCGGCUCUCCUAUCACCGGCUAUGUUGUUGAAAAGAGACUGAUCACAGAAGACAAAUGGACUAAGGCGUCGCACGCUCACGUUCCUGACACUACUCUAAAGGUCAUGGGCCUGAUCGAGAACCAUGAGUACGAGUUCCGUGUGGCUGCUGUCAACGCUGCGGGUCAGGGCGCAUGGUCCCAGGCCUCUGAUGCCAUCAGGGCCUGUGCGCCGCCCAACAGCCCGCGCAUCACCAGCGACCUCAGCCUGCGUGACAUCACUGUCAUUGCUGGCGAGGAGAUCAAGAUCACAGUGCCGUUCACCGGAAACCCAAGACCGAAGGUAUCAUGGAUAGUGAACAACGACGAGGUGUUCCCUGACAACCGUAUCAGGUUCGUGACGUCAGACGUGGACACCGUGUUCUACAACUUGUGCGCAAAGCGAUCUGACAGCGGCUCGUACACCGUACAGCUCGUGAACAGCGAGGGAUCUGACAGUGGCACUUGCAGGGUGCUGGUGGUAGACAAACCAUCGCCGCCUGUAGGCCCGCUGGACGCGUACGACAUCACGCCGGACACGUGCACGUUGUCAUGGAAACCGCCGCUAGACGACGGCGGCUCGCCCAUCACCAACUACGUGGUCGAGAAGAUGGACAACAAUGGAAUCUGGACCAAGAUCUCGUCAUUCGUGCGCAACUGCCACUACAACGUGAUGGGUCUGGAGCCGAACCACAAAUACUUGUUCAGGGUGCGUGCUGAGAACCAGUACGGCGUCUCCGAGCCUCUCACCAUGGACGACUCGAUUACUGCCAAAUUCCCAUUCACGAUUCCGGACCCGCCUGGCAUCCCGCGCGUCCUGGACUGGGAUGGCUCCACUGCUACAGUGGUAUGGGACAGACCGCGCUCCGACGGUGGCGCGCGUAUCCAGGGAUACAAGAUCGAGUUCCGGGACGUCACAGACAGUGUGUGGAGCAGCGCAGAUUAUCUCGUCAAGGAUUGCAAUUAUCAGGCUUACAACCUAGAAGCGGGCCACGAGUACGAGUUCCGCGUCCGCGCGAAGAACGCGGCCGGCUUCAGCAAGUACUCGGGCAGCUCGCAGCCGUUCCGCGUGCGGCCGCGCGCCGGCCCGCCCGGCCCGCCGCGCGCGCCGCGCGUGCUGCGCGUCGGCAGGAACUACGUCGACCUCAGCUGGGACCCGCCCGCCAACGACGGAGGCUCCCGCGUGACAGGCUACAUAAUCGAGCGUCGUGAGGCCGGCAGCUCUGUAUGGAUCAAGUGCAACGACUACAACGUGCAAGACACAACGUUCACAGCGCUCAACCUCAACGAAAAGGCCGACUACGAAUUCCGCAUUAUCGCUAUCAAUUCCGCCGGCAAGUCCGAGCCUUCCAGCUGUACCACGCCAGUGCGUACAGGCGAGGAGCUCGGCGGCACCAAGCCCGAAUGGGUGAAGCAGAUGCCGGCCCACAUGAGCGCACCACUCGGCAGGCCUUUCACCAUCGAGUGUGUUGCCACCGGCAACCCUGUGCCUACUGGACGGUGGUUGAAGAACGGACGCGAAGUUGUUAUGGGCACCAGAUUCAUCUCGGAGUCCCGCGAGGGCACGCUGAAGCUUAACAUCCUGGAGGUGGCCGACGGCGACGAGGGUGACUACACUUGCGAGGCUAUUAACAACAUCGGCUUCAUCUACUGCAUUGGUCAUCUGAAGAUCGGAAACCCGCCGCGCAUCACCCGCAUGCCAGGCGACCUGCACCUGCCCGAGCACGACAACACCAAGGUCAAGAUCCUGUACACGGGAGACCAGCCCGCUGACGUCACGCUCACCAAGGACGGCCACAAGGUCACGGAAUCACCGCACCUUAAAUACACAGUGUUUGAUGACUACAUCCUUAUAUUCAUCAAGGACAUCACUAAGGAUGAUAUGGGUACAUACAAGAUAACAAUCAAGAACAGCUCAGGCGAGACCUCAGACACGUUCUCUGUCACCGUAACCGGUCUUCCUGGACCUCCUCAAGGUCCUCUCGAGGCCACUGACAUCAGCAAGCACUCUUGCACCCUCGCAUGGCGUCCGCCCACAUACGACGGUGGAAUGCCCGUCACACACUACGUUAUCGAACGACACGAUAUAUCGGGAACCGCCUGGAUCACGAUCGCGUCGUCGGUGAGGGAUACCAAGUUCACGGUACAGGGAUUGACGGAGGGACAGGAGUACAACUUCAGAGUGCACGCCGCUAAUGAAAACGGCAUUGGUCCAGCGUUGGAGGGUGCUAAUCCGAUUAAGGCUAAGGCACCUUACGACCCGCCAUCAGCGCCUGGUAUUCCCAAGAUCCUGGAGGUCGGAGGCGACUUCGUCCACCUGGAAUGGGACAAACCAGAGAACGAUGGAGGCGCUAGGAUACAAGGUUACUGGAUCGACAAACGCGAAGUCGGUGCUACGACAUGGCAGCGCGUGAACCCGGUCCUUUGCCUGCCGAACCAGAUCAACUGCUCAAACCUUAUCGAGGGUAGGCAGUACGAGUUCAGGGUGACGGCGCAGAACGAGGCCGGACUAUCGCCGCCCAGCACCGCCAGCCAGCAAGUCAAGGUCGUCGAUCCUAAAGCGGCGACACCACCAGAGAUCGUGAAGCCACUGAAGAACGCCAACUGCAUCCAGUACCACAACGCCAAGUUCCAGUGUACCAUCACUGGUACACCCAAACCUACCAUCACGUGGUACAAGGGAGCUCGCGAGAUCACCAACGGCCCCAGGUACCGCAUCUGGAGCGAGGGUGACAACCACUUCCUGACGGUGAUGGACGUGUUCGGCGAGGACGCGGACGAGUACGUGUGCCGCGCCGUCAACCGCGCCGGAGUCAAGAGCACGCGCGCCGAGCUGCUCAUCAUGACUGCACCGAAACUCAACGUGCCGCCACGUUUCCGCGAUACGGCGUACUUCGACAAAGGCGAGAACGUGGUGAUCAAGAUUCCGUUCACCGGACAUCCGGUGCCGAAGAUCACGUGGGUGCGAGAGGGCGAGACCAUCGAGUCUGGCCUUCAUUACCACGUGGAAAGGAAAGAACGCCACGCGAUCUUAACAAUCCGCGACGCGAGCAAGAUGGACUCCGGCCCGUACAGGAUCACCGCCGAAAACGAGCUCGGACAAGACACCGCCAUCAUCAACAUCGAAAUCAGCGACCGUCCCGACCCACCACGAUUCCCAUCUACGGACAGCGUGGGAGUGGACUCGCUUGCGCUGAGCUGGCGCGCCCCAGUAUGGGACGGCGGAUCCGACAUCACCAACUACCUGGUCGAGAAGCGAGAGCAUCCGAUGAGCAGCUGGAUACGCGUCGGCAACACCAGGUUCACAACCAUGGCCAUCACAGGCUUAGUGCCAGGCAAACAGUACGAGUUCCGCGUGUACGCCGAGAACAUCUACGGCCGGUCGGAGCCCAGCGAGCCCACCGGCCUCGUGCAGACCAAGGCCAUCGUCAAGAAGGAGUUCAAGAAGAAGGAAUACCCUGUGGACGAAUCAGGCAAGCGCAUACGCACGAACGCGGAUCACGGCCCGAUCAAGGACUACGACUCGUAUGUCUUCGAUAUAUACAGCAAGUAUGUGCCGCAACCUGUCGAGAUCAACACAUGCUCCGUGUACGACAAAUACGAUAUACUCGAGGAGAUUGGCACAGGCGCGUUCGGCGUCGUCCACCGGUGUCGCGAGCGUGCUACCGGCAACUACUUCGCGGCUAAGUUCAUACCGGUCAGCGGCGCCAUGGAGAAGGAGCUGAUCAAGAAGGAGAUCGACAUCAUGAACCAGCUGCAUCACAGGAAACUUAUUAAUCUCCAUGAUGCCUUUGAGGAUGACGAUGAGAUGGUCCUCAUUUUCGAAUUCCUCUCUGGAGGUGAACUGUUCGAGCGCAUCACCGAACCAGGCUACAGUAUGAGCGAGGCGGAGGCCGCGCACUACAUGCGACAGAUCUGCGAGGGCGUGCGACACAUGCACGAGCAGAACAUCAUACACCUCGACCUGAAGCCGGAGAACGUUAUGUGCCAGACCAGGACGGGUACUGAUGUCAAGAUCAUCGACUUCGGCCUGGCCACCAAGCUGGACCCCAACGAAGUGGUCAAGAUAUCGACUGGUACCGCGGAGUUCGCGGCGCCUGAGAUCGUUGAACGCGAGCCCGUCGGCUUCUACACUGACAUGUGGGCCGUAGGCGUGCUCGCUUAUGUACUCUUGUCCGGUCUAUCACCAUUCGCUGGUAACAACGAUGUGGAGACCUUGAAGAAUGUGAAGGCUUGCGACUGGGAGUUCGAUGAAGAGGCGUUCCAGCACGUGUCUGACGAAGCCAAGGACUUCAUCAGGAGACUACUUGUUAAGAAUAAGGAGAAGCGUAUGACUGCGCACGAGUGCCUGCUGCACAAGUGGCUGGCGGGCGACGCCGCGCCGCGCGCACGCGCUCGACGCGCGCGCCGGUACGAGGCCAUGCGCGACCGGCUGCGGCAGAGAUACGAGAACUGGUCAUCGUUCAGACUGCCCAUCGGCAGGCUAAGCGAGUACAGUUCGCUACGCAAGCUGCUCAUCGAGAAAUGGAAGAUUUACGAUGGACAGUUCGACCGCAGACAAGCGGCGCCGCGGUUCGUGAUCAAGCCGCAAUCCGCGUUCUGCUACGAAGGCCAGUCCGUGAAGCUGUACUGCCGCAUCAUCGCGUGCGCAACGCCCACGGUCACCUGGUCGCGCAACAACCACGAGCUCAGACAGUCUGUCAAGUUCAUGAAGAGGUACGCGGGCGAUGAUUACUACUUCAUAAUCAACCGGGUGAAGCUCGAGGACCGCGGAGAGUACAUCAUCAGGGCGGAGAACCACUACGGAUUCAGGGAGGAGGUCGUCUUCCUCAACGUACAGCCCGUCCCGAAGGUCCAACGCCAGCACCUGCCUGAGGCGCCGCGCCGUCGCGAGCCACUCCCCUACACGUUCUGGCAGGAGUCGUCCGAAACGGCGCCGGUGUUCACGUUCCAGCUGCGGCCGCGUGUCAUGCAGGCGCGUGACACGUGCAAGCUGCUCUGCUGUCUCAGCGGCAAGCCUACACCUACUGUCAAGUGGUACAAGGACAAGCGCGAGCUUUCCAAAUACGACUACGCGAUGACUCACUCCGACGGCGUGGUGACGAUGGAGAUCAUCGAUUGCCGGCCCGAGGACAGCGGCAAAUACACCUGCGUCGCGACCAACGUGCACGGCACAGAUGAGACGUCUUGUGUCGUUAUCGUUGAAGGCGAGGUGACAUCACCUGAACAGCAACAGAUGGUACACAACUUCCUACAUUCAGGCGACAGGAGGUACAUCGAGAAACCGAUUAAACCUGCGCCGCCACCGAUUAUUACUAAGACAAAGGUGACAAUCGACCCGCCGUCGAAGUCAGCACCCAGGCCGAAGUACUCUCCUCAGAGUUCUCUCGACACCACCAAGAAGAAGUACGGCGCACGUCUCGACUCCGACGCAUCGUCCAGGUCGAGGAGCGCCACCAAGGAGCUAGUCUUGCCGGCGUCGGACUCGUCGAUGUGCGCGCCGUCGUUUGCGCGCGCGCUGCCGGACUCGUGCGCCGCGCGGGACGGCGCGCCGCUGCUGCUGUCCGCCGCCGUGCGCGGGGACCCCGACCCGCGCGUGCAGUGGUACAAGAACGGACAGCCGCUGCACUCCUCCGAGGUGGUGGAUCUUAAAUACAAGAACGGUGUCGCAUCUCUGGCUAUUAAUGAGAUAUUCCCUGAGGACGAAGGCGUCUACUCGCUGAAGGCGACCAACAGCCAGGGAGAAGUCGAGACCAAGUGCAAAGUCACCGUUAAACCCAUGGACGGAAGCGCGACGGGUUCCCUGAAAUCCGGCGACAAACCGCCCAGGAUAGUGGACCACUGCGUCUCGCAGAUCGUAAACGACGGAGACGCCGUCACGCUCUCCUGCAGGAUCGUCGGCGCCGAGCGAUUCGACGUCGUCUGGCUGCACAACAACAAGGAGAUCAAACCUUCCAAGGACUUCCAGUACUCGAGCGAGGCGAACAUUCACAAGCUCACCAUCGCCGAGAUAUUCCCUGAGGACGCUGGCACAUACACGUGCGAGGCGUUCAACGACGCGGGCGAGUCGUUCUCGACGUGCUCGCUGGUGGUGGUGGUGCCGGGCGAAGCGCCCCCGUCCCCCACGUACAAGUCCUUCCCUGCCUCGCUCACGGUCAACGCCGCUGAGCCCGCCGUUUUCACCGCUGAGUUGGAGAAGCCACCUCUCCAACUCCAAUGGCUGAAGGACGGCAAGCCUAUCGACGAGACAUCACCUCGCUACAGGUUCACAAUGGAAGGCACCGCGCGCUACCGCCUGGAGAUCGCGUCCACCGCCUCCGAGGACGCAGGACAUUACGCCGCCAGGGCAGUCGGCUCGCGAGGAGACUCUACAGCGGCCUGCUGCCUCAACGUUGACAUACAAUAAACAUUAAUAUUAUAGGGGGCCAAACCCCCCAACCUAAAUACGACUAAGUACUAAAUCGAUUGUGAGAAUGAUAUAAUUCGAUUAUUGAUGACCACAACUCUAAAUCAUAUUUAUCGAUACAUCGAUUAAAAUCGAUAACUGGAAUCUACAAUACGAUUCGGAGUCUUGAGUGUGAUGAGUUUUUUUUAUUUAUUAUUAUUUAAAUUUAUUUAUCGUAUUAAUAAGUGUUACACCCCGUCGAAGAGGGGGCGGCCGCGGGCUCUAGUCAUCGUGUGCUGUCUAUAUCGACGCCGGCCGCUUCUUCGAAGCUUCAUUUUAAUCCGUGUUGCGAUGCAGUCGGGGGGCAUGUCUCACGUCCCAGGGGAGGGUCCGCGCCACCAUGGACCGUCCCUUAGUACGUCCAGACAUCCCAUCCGACGUCUGUAUAAUUAUUUUUAUAUAAAUUUAACUGUAUUAUUUAAUUGUACAUAAUUUAUGUGACAGCGUAAUUUAUGAAUAAAUAUGUAUACAUAAAAAUUA